GUAUCUCCGAGGUUUGGUCUCCUUUGGAGUCAUCCAGCAGACCCAGAUGUUGUUUCACAGCCUCAUGAGCGGUAUGAUGGACAUUGGAAAGGAGUUGGAUUCCUUUGCUCGACUCGGUGCCGAAUCCGUCAGAGUUCAGGAACUCUGGGAUGCCUUGGCGAAGAUCCAAAGGUGUCAGGACCGCCAUGGCAAGAUGAACGAUGACUCCUCCACCACUGUCUGCGAGAGCGAUGCAGAGAGCAGUGCAGGGUCCUUUUCUGACAGUGACAUUGAGAACUCCUCUCUGGACAGUAGUUUCGUGGCGCAUGUAGGGGCUGUCACGCUGGAGGAACUCGAGGUGACCACUCCCGUCCGCUUGCAAUUGUGCUCGGUCACACUGUAUCCGCCAUUGAGCCACGAGCCGCUAAUGUGCGACCUGUCGCUCACCGUGAAACAAGGCGACUCGCUGCUGCUGGAGGGUGCCUCUGGCACCGGCAAGUCGUCCCUGCUGCGCGCCAUUGCGGGACUCUGGAGCCGUGGCUCAGGAACCAUCCGACGAACGCGACUAGACAGGUGUUUCUUUCUUCCGCAAGCACCUUACUUAUGCUUGGGCAGUUUGCGUGACAAUGUUCUUUAUCCCAGGGACCAGACGGAAGUAGACGUUACCAGCGACCAGAUUAUCGAAGUCCUAGGAUCCUUGGGAAUUAGCCAUCUGCUUGACCGACAUGGUUUAGACAUGGAUUUGGAUUUCAGCAAUGUGCUCUCAGGUGGCGAAAGGCAGCGGCUGGGCUUUGCGAGAUUAUUGCUUCGUGAUGAUAUCGAGUUGGCCUUGUUGGAUGAGGCCACUUCUGCGUUGGACGAUGAGAAUGAGUUGAUUGCGUACCAGCUCUUGAAGAAGAAGGUACAUUGCUAUGUCUCGGUGGGUCAUAGAGCUUCUCUGGUUGCGAAUCAUUCCACUCGCUUGCAAUUGACAAGGCCCUCCAAGAGCGAUGGAGACGCCAGUGGAGUGCACCGGCCCGAGGCCAAGUUCCACUUUGGGACGUGAGGAUCAUCGGAUGAUCUGAUGGUGAAAACCACCACCAUCCACCAACCACACAUUGAUUUCAAAACUUCUGUGACGGCCAAAGAUCUCGAAGUUGCGGCUGGGUGAAAAAG